UGUGGGAUGCACACAAAAUGCCACAACACAUAUGGCAGCUACGACUGUACCUGCCUUUCUGGCUACAACCCUUCAAACAACAUGGCCAUCUUCAUCCCAAAUGAUGGAACCCAAUGCCAGGACAUUGAUGAGUGUAAGAUAACAGGACUGUGUGGAGAUGGAGGUCGGUGCAGGAACCUGGAGGGCAGUUUUGAAUGCAGCUGUCAGGUGGGAUACCAAGUCGACAAUGGAACAGAACCUUUUCAUCCUCACAGAGACAAGGCCUCCUGCAAAGGUAAAAUGAGAACUACCUCAUGAACAGUUGAGUGAAAUUUGACAGCUGUUUAUAUGUCUGUCUGUUUGCCUCACUGUCACAACAGUGUAAGAUAGGCAAAACUUUACU